AUCUUGUUCCACCCCACCGCGCCGCCACCAAAUGUGAAAGCAGCGAGGCGGACGGAGUUCCCGACGCUUGCACUGGCCAACGCCAAGCGCUCCCCUUGCAUCCACAUGCCCGUACUUGUGAGCUCCUCUCCUCAUCUCCUUCCUCGUCAAGUAGAGCAGGGCCAACACGAGCUCCUCCAUCCCCUGCUGUUCAUCUCCUAUAGCAGAGCAAAGCUGACACGAGUAGGAUGACAAGUUGUUGGCUUGCUACGGAUCUCCCUCGUCUCUGGCUCUCUCUGCUCGAUCUGCAGGAUCUCCACUCCCUGCGCUCAAUCUGCAGGAUCUCUGAUCUCCGUGCUCGAUCUGCAAGAAUGUAACAUCUAGCUGUUCUUCACUCCUGUAGCGGACUCCGUUGUCGCCUAAGUUUGGGCCGAGACCACAAACCGCCAAAGCCCAAAGCCUCUGCUGGAGACGCGAGUCAGCUGCAGAGGCGAGCUCGAGCCGGACUGCCGGAGUGCCUGUCGCCGGCGCCGCCUCCGCCUCGGAUUGCGAACGCCAACGCCCGUCCGUCCAGGAUUCUGUCGAAUCAGGCUCCAUAUAAUAUAUACGGAGUAGGAAAAUAGCAAUAGCGGUGUCGCAUCGUCCUUUUCUGGCAAGUCAACUCGGGUCCGUCCGCCGCCGCCUGCGUUCUGCCCGAGCACGCCUCGCCGCCCGCCGUCGAUCCGCCCCCUGCCGUGCGUGGAUGUGAGCCGUGAGGCUUAUCCUUUUUCGAAUCAACAACGUAUUCUUAGAAGAAGGAUGAACAAUCUAAUGUGCCAAAAAACAAGAUCAUGCGAUGAUGCUCGUGGUGAAGAUGCAAUCCAUGAGUUUGGAGUGCCAAGAGUUCGGUUUGAAGACCUUCCGAUGGAUGUCGUGUACAGAAUUAUGUCCAAACUCCCGCCAAAAGAGUUCGCAAGGGCUAAUGUUUUGUCAAGUAAGUUGAGAUGCACGUGGUCUGUGUGCCCCAGAUUGACUUUCGAUGGUGUUCAAGUGUGCAAAUGCCAUAGGUGGGAUUUAGUCCAGCACACGGGAAGAUUUAUCCACGAGGUUAAUUCUGUUCUGCAGAAACACCAUGACAAGGUGGUUGAAACACUUGAAGUCAGGAUGGAUCUUGUUGAUAGCCUUCUAGUUCACCAUCUCAAUAAUUGGGUUAGUUUUGCUGCCUCGUCAGGGACAAAGAACCUUACUUUGGAUCUAAAGCCCAUAGAUUUUUUCUUGAAACCUCAGCUCGAGCGCUUUGUGUUUCCUUUCCAACUUUUAGACAGUGGACGUAUAUCUCGCCUACAACAUAUGCAGCUUAGCUUUGUAUCUUUGAAACCACAUUCCCACUAUAGAGGUUUCCCAAAUCUAAGAAAACUUCAUCUACAGUUAGUGCAUGCCAACAAAAAGGACCUUGGACAUGUGUUGUCCCAUUGUUGUAAUCUUGAGUGGCUAUGCAUAGACAGAUGUCACCUCAAUGAUGAACUGGUGGUGAAUGGUCCGUUGUCCCAUCUACUGUACUUGAGCAUUGACUGUUGCGAAAUAACCAAGGUAGAAUUCCAUGCUAUGAAUCUUACUACCUUUGAAUACUAUGGACGGUUUAUACCAAUUGGACUCAGCCACUCAUUGAAGAUACAAAGUGCAAAUAUUAUGUUCUACGCUGGAGUUUUUCAGGAUGUCCUCGUAUCAAUUCUCAACGGUCUUCCUAACGUGGAAAAUCUAACUUUCCGUAUUGCAUGCCUAGACCUAAUAAAGAAGCAAUGGUUGUGGGACAACCCAUUGAAGUUUUCCCGUCUUAAGCACUUGCAGUUGUACCUGAAUAUACCUGGCAGAAAUGAAGAUAGCAUUCUUUAUUCAGUAUCAAUUCUGAGGGCCACACCUUUUAUUGAGGAUUUGGAGGUUCAUUUUGGUGGCACUACAUCAUUAUGGUUGGCAGACGUGGGUCCUCGUAGGCAGGACAUUGGGCAAUGCAAUCCCUACAAUCGUUUGAAGAAGAUGUGGAUUACUGGAUUCAAAGGGGUAAGAGGACAAGUCGAAUUUAUGUUACACGUCGUCGAAAAUGCUCCUGCACUGGAGGUUUUAACUGUAGAUACACAUAAACGUAGUACUUCUGGUGGUGAUAGUUGGACGAAAAAGAGUGGACCGCCGCCCUUUGAGGAAGCUAAGAGAAUUGCUUUGACAUGCCUAAGUAGAGCAAUCUCACUAAGUACCAAGCUUGAUGUUAUUUAGUUUAAUGUGUGAUGCCAGGAAAAGAUCGCAGUGUAACUCUUUAAAUCUUGGGCAUAGUAGUAGUAUGUAGUUCUUGGUACAUCAAGUGUAUUUUAAAUUUGUAAUAAAUAACUGCCGUUUUGGCACCGUUUUCAUUUGAAAUGAUGAUUUAUUUGGUUCUAGUA